GUCUGUUGGUAAGUGAUUCAUUUUCAUCACGUGUGCAGGUUUUUAUUUCUCAAAUGCCAGGUAUUCGAAGCGUUUAGGGAUACGUGGGCAUGGACUGUGUGGGGGGGUUCUGUUCUCAAUAUCUCCACCUCUAUUCAAAGGAUUUUCAAAAGACCGAUGUCCAUCGAUUGUUCUUUUUACUGUUUCUCACCGCCGCGCCGAGCAGAGCCAAAUAUUGAGACACCAACUGGCGUGGCCACAAUCAAGUGCCACAAUCGAUGUUGAUGCCACCAGCUACAGAGGCAAGUCUUGUAGCGGAUAUUGAGACACCCACUGAAAAGUGGCUUCCAGUCCGAAUGCAUUGAAGAGCAGUCCUUGGGUCCUUACCGGAACAAGUGCUGAUUCCUCCCGUUCUUGGUGUUGUGUAUUCUUGUGUGCUUUUAAUUUCGAGAGGUUAGGGCCGACUUCCGUUCCGACAGAAGACUAAAAUUUCCAUCCGACUACUUUAUAGCUGCCAUCGGAACGAUAUGUCAAAAACAAACUGCUUGGACUGUAAAAUACAGACAAUCAUCCGAAUAGUCUGGCGUUUUCUUUCAAAUAACUCUGUCAGAAGUUAUUUUUGUGAACUCGUUGAACAAGCGAGGAGAGGAGCAACCAAAAAUAAUAUCAGCAUCAAAUAUUUCUCGACAUUAUUAAAUUACGGUCAUUAAUCCAUUUCGUCGCGUUGCGAACAAUUUUGGAAUUUUCAUUGUAAUUUGCUAAAAAUACAAAGCUAACAACUGGAAAUGUCGGGAAUAUCGCAGACAUUUGAGAACUUUGUGGCAGAGCCCAUGGGCGACAAGGCUGUCACAGAGUUGCCUGGAAUUGGACCGACGCUGGGUGAUCGCUUGAUCGAAUGUGGAUUCGAAAAGGCAUACCAGGUGCUCGGCCAAUUCUUGAUAUUGGCAAAAGAUGGCGAUAUGUUCGUUAUGUGGCUGAUGGAAAGUUUCCAAGCCAGUUUUGGGCAAGCUAUCGACUGCUACGAUUGCCUCUACCUAUGGUGCGAUUUGUUCUUGUAAGCGACUUCUCAGUCGGCUCAGACGGGUCCUUUCUGAAAAGAAAACGAAAGCAGAUCGGCAGCAGACAAAAAGUAGAGCAACAGCAGACAAACAGCAGACAAACAGAAGAGCAACAGCGGUAACAGCAGAUUAACAGCAGAGUAACAGCAGACAAAGACCAGACCCACAGCAGAUCAACAGCGGUAACAGCAGAUUAACAGCAGAGUAACAGCAGAACGAGAUGUACAGCAGAAAAGCAGCAACGACACAAGGAGAGCAGAGCACUGCAGUGCACUGCAGAGAACAGAGGAACAGCAGAAGAAAUCGUAAAAGAAGCAGCAGCCAGACGUAAUUCUCAGCAGCAGCAGCAGC